UGCGGUUAGGGACGGCGGGGUGGACAGGUCACCCCUUUAUGGCUGGGGAGGGUGAGUGGGUGGAGCAUGACCCGCCACAAGACUUCAGGGGCCCAGUACAAAACGUAAGUUCCAGGUCCCUUGUUCAAAGUUACCAAGAAUUCCGAGCCGGCCAGUGUGGCCUGCGUAGGCGAAGGUGGCCGCGCAUGGGCCUGCUGCUCCGAGUAGGGCUGCGCCCGCACCCUGCACUACAAGGACUCCCUCCCGUGUGGUCUCCCUUCUUGGUUUUCUUUGUCAGUGUCACUUGCCUUCCCCGGCUUUGGGUGGGCCUUUGCCUUUCCAGGAUUGCUCGCUGCCCUUUAGCUUGAAACCCCACUUGAAACCAUUUGGGGAGCAUCGUGAAGCACCCAGUUAGAUGUGACUAGAAGGCUGCAGCUGUCUUUUCCCUGGCAUCUUCCUCUGAGGCUGGCAGGACGAUGAAAUCAUGAGACGGAAAGCCACCCCUUUAGCCAGCUCCUGUCUUCCUGGGAAGGCACGUGGAAGAAACAGGCUGGGAGAACUCAUCCUUAUCCAGGUGACCAGAGGGCAUUCUGAGAAGAGGCUGGACCCUUCAUUUUGAAAACACGCCUUUGCAUCUCCUCGGGAAGGUUUCUUCUUGUUUUCAUUUCUGUUCAAACACCUGGGGUGAGGACAGACACCUACAUUGCUGAAGGAGAAACAGAAUCUGUGAGUGAAGUGGACCUGGGAGGAGAGGCUCCUUACAGCAUAAAAGGCGGCACCUUUUACUCUCUGUCUUGGAAUGAGGAGUUGAAUUCAUAAACACAUAAUUGAGAAGACAUGGGCUGUGGCAUUUCAUCUUCAACAAAAGACAGCAAGUCUGAGAUCGCGCUGAGAGCCGCACUUAUCAUCCAGAACUGGUACCGAAGUUAUAGCGCUCGGCUGAAGGCCAGGCAGCGCUAUGCCCUCACCAUCUUCCAGUCCAUCGAAUACGCUGAUGAACAAGGACAAUUACAGCUAUCCAAUUUCUUCUCCUUCUUGUUGGAAAACUACACACACAUAAAUCAGAAUGAUCCAGAAUUCGUGACUCGAUUAUAUGGUAGAACCAUCCAAGACAUCAAGGAUAGACAUGACUUUGUGGGGUUGAUAGAAGUCCCAGACUCCUAUAAUGGUCCUCGGCUACAAUUUCCUGUCACUGAUAAUGAUAUUGAUUUACUUCUUGAGGCCUUCAAGCAACAACAGAUACUUCAUGCUUAUUAUGUCUUAGAGGUGUUAUUUGAAACCAGGAAAGCCCUGAAACAAAUGCCGAAUUUCACGCGUACAAAAACUUCUCCCUCCAAAGAGAUAACAAUCUGUGGUGAUUUGCAUGGGAAAUUGGAUGAUUUGUUUUUGAUCUUCUAUAAGAAUGGUCUCCCCUCAGGAAGCAACCCGUAUGUUUUUAAUGGUGAUUUUGUAGAUCGAGGAAAAAAUUCCAUAGAGAUCCUCAUGAUCCUGUUUGUAGCUUUUCUUGUCUAUCCCAAUGACAUGCAUUUGAACAGAGGGAACCAUGAAGAUUUUAUGAUGAACUUAAGGUAUGGUUUCACCAAAGAGAUUUUGCAUAAAUAUAAGAUACAUGGGAAAAAAAUCUUACAAGUCUUGGAAGACGUCUAUACCUGGCUCCCAAUUGGUACAAUCAUUGACAAUGAGAUCCUGGUCAUACAUGGCGGAAUAUCAGAGUCCACAGAUUUGAAUUUACUCAACCGGGUAGAAAGGCACAAAAUGAAAUCUGUACUGAUGCCACCAGUUAUGUUAGAUGAAGAUCUUGUUGACCUAACGAUAAACAAAAUGGGUACAACCACUGUUGGCUAUGGAAUCAGAACGAAUGGAUGCCUUUCUGAACAGUUAACAAAGCGUGAGUGGGAGCAGGUUGUCGAUAUUCUGUGGAGUGAUCCCAGAGGCAAAAGGGGCUGCUUCCCCAACACAAGUAGAGGAGGGGGCUGCUAUUUUGGACCAGAUAUUACAUCCAAGAUUCUGAAUAAAUUCCAGUUGAAGUUGCUUGUUAGAUCUCAUGAAUGCAAGCCUGAAGGGUAUGAAAUUUGUCAUGACGGGAAGGUUAUUACUGUAUUUUCUGCUUCUAAUUAUUAUGAAGAAGGCAGCAACCGAGGCGCUUACAUCAGAGUGUCUUCUGGUACAACCCCUCGAUUUUUCCAAUACCAAGUAACUAAGACAACAUGUGCCAGGCCUCUUUAUCAAAGAGUGCGAAUUAUGGAAAGUAGUGCCAUCAGGAUAUUAAAAGAGAGAAUGAUUUCACGAAAAACUGACCUUGUUUAUGCUUUCCAACUUCAAGACCGCAAUAAAUCAGGAAAACUUUCUAUGAGCCAAUGGGCUUUUUCUAUGGAGAAUGUUUUGGGGCUGAACUUACCUUGGAGAUCCUUGAGUUCACAUCUGGUACAAACAGACAUGAAUGGAAAUAUUGACUACAUGUCCAGCUUCCAGGAUCUGCACAUUAUAAAACCUGUGAAAGAGGCCCACUCUACCCUAGUUGAAAUUCUGUACAGAUACCGAUCUGACCUGCAAAUCAUCUAUAAUGUCAUUGACUCUGACCACUCAGGCCUGGUCUCCAUAGAAGAAUUUCGCUCCAUGUGGAAACUUUUCAAUAGUCACUACAGCGUGCAUAUUGAAGAUUCCCAAGUCGAUGAACUUGCUGAAAGAAUGGACUUAAACAAAGAUGGAAGCAUUGACUUUAAUGAGUUUUUAAAGGCCUUCUAUGUGGUGCAUAAACUGGAUAAGUCAAAAUCAGAAAGCAGCACUAUUUAACAAGAAUUAGGGCUUUCCCUCUUUAAACAGUAGGACCCAAACCAUUGACACGUGUUUUCCAAGAUCCUUAAAAUUCAUAAUCAGUAGUCAAGAAAAGUAGAUCCUAACUCCCUUUAUACGCAGAUGUGUGCUGUGGGUAUUGGCAGUCCCUAGUUAUCUGUUAUUGGUAAGACUAAGUUAAAUGUCAGCUGAUAGCAUUCGCUCCAGUGUUAGGACCCACACAUUGGCAGAUAGAAACUGGAUUUGAGACUAGACAUCACCUAGCCAUGGAAUCAGAAUUUCAGAAACUUUGGAAAGAACCCACAGGGAAACAGAAAAGUGCAACAUCUGUGAAUGGCUACAAUGGAAAGCUAAACUAUUAAUGGAAUAAAAUAUUUCCCUCUGUAAAUUGUAAUCUUCUUUGGAGAUACCGUAAGUCAAUGAUCCUGGAGGAACCACUGUUCAGGGAUGGGGGUUAUAUCAGAUUCUUGGAGAAAGUUUUGGGAAUGUAUUAUUUGAAAAAGCAUAUACUUUUCUUGUCUGUUGGAAAUACAAAGUGAACAACUUUACUUUAAGCCCUUACUGUUGAUAUAGUUUGACAUCUUUAUUGUAAUAUGGGGCCACGGUUAUGCAUACAUAGUGCAGUUUAUUCUUCUAUUGUGAUCAAAUAUCAAACAUAUUAUGAGGUUUCUCUUUAAAGGCAAGGAUACGUUUCUUUUUUCCCCUAAAUUUGAGAACUUCAAGAUCUAUCAUUAUGCCAUUCAGUUCAAUAUCCUGCAACCCUGCCUGCUGUUGACGACAGAAACAUUACAUAAAGUUAACAAAUAUUGUUUUAAAUGGACAGUUGAAAUGGCUAGAAACUAACAGAAACCCCUCAGGGGCAAGGAAAAAAAAGAGUGUAAUAAAACUUCUGUAAUUAAUAGCAGAGUUAAUGUUGGGCGGAAUAGACUUUAAAGCAAAGGAUAUCAUUAGGGAUAAAAAAAGGUCUUUUAUUUUUAUUUAUUUAUUUAUUUAUUUUGCUAUUCAGACAUUUAUCUCUCAUCUACCAGCAAUGAUUUUGUUGUGUGCAUUCCCCCCACUUACUUGAAAUGCCACCUCUGUAAUAUAAACUCCCAUAUACACAUGGGUCUGUCUCUCUUAUAAUCCACUGGUUUCUUUGGCCUGUCCUCGCACAGAUACUACAUGUAGCAAAUACUACGACUGUGUUAAUAGUCUCGAUAUCUGCUAGCAUGAUUCCGUCUCCUCCUCCCUCCCCUUUAUUAUUAUGAAAAAUUUCUUUGGUUCUGUAGUCCUCCAUACAUAAUUUAGAAUCUGUCAGUUCUGUCAAAUCUCCUGCAGGAUUUUGGUGAGAACUGCAUUAAAUUUAUAGAUUAAUCUGAAGAGAAUUGUUCUUUGUUGAGUCUUCCUAACAUGAACCUAGAAGACUUGUUCCAAUUAUUUUAAAUCUUCUCUAACAUUCUUUAAUGAUUUCUCAUCAUUCUUCUA